ACACCAAUGGCUUCUAAGCACAUAACAUUACUUGUUUAUUUUCUGUUCAUAGCUUCGUCUUCAAGAGGACAAAAUGAACUCAUAGCUCCAUCCCAGUUGGAGAUGUUCGUUGAUGAGGUCCCAGAUAUGCCUAAAAUCCAAGGUUUCGACCUUGUCAAUGGCGUCCCCAACCCCAAGUUUCUCAAUAUCGGCAUGUUCAAGACGCAAUGGAAAUUCCAUAGAGAUCUUCCUCCAACCCCAGUGUUUGCCUUCGGGACAUCAGAGCUCACAGCAACUGUACCUGGUCCAACAAUCGAGGCCAUCCAUGGCAUUGACACGUACGUGACGUGGGAAAAUCACCUCCCUUCAGAGCACAUCCUUCCAUGGGACCCAACUAUCCCCACUGCCAUUCCCCACUCAAAGAAGGGUGUUCCUACUGUGGUGCACCUCCAUGGAGGCAUCGAUGAACCCGCAAGUGAUGGCCACGCAAACGCCUGGUUCACCGCUGGAUUUGCAGAAAAGGGUCCCACGUGGACGAAUCAAACUUAUCGUUAUCGAAACAUGCAACAGCCGGGGAAUUUAUGGUAUCAUGAUCAUGCCGUGGGACUGACACGUGUCAAUUUAUUGGCUGGCUUGAUUGGUGCCUACAUCAUCCGUGAUCAACUUGUGGAGGCUCCACUUGGACUCCCUAAUGGUGAUGAAUUUGAUCGAACGUUGUUUGUCUUUGAUCGUAGCUUUCGUAGGGACGGUACGAUAUACAUGAAUGCCACUGGAAAUAAUCCCUCCAUACAUCCACAGUGGCGACCUGAAUAUUUUGCUGAUGUAAUAGUGGUAAACGGGAAGGCUUGGCCGAGUAUGACAGUACGACGUCGUAAAUACAGAUUCCGGAUAAUUAACGCCUGCAAUGCUAGAUUCUUUAGAUUCUUCUUCACCAAUGGUUUAGGAUUCAUCCACGUGGCAUCUGAUUCAGCAUAUCUUAGAAAACCUGUGGCGACCAAUGAGACCAUCCUGGCUCCAGCUGAGAUUGCUGAUGUGAUAGUUGAUUUUUCACAGUCAAAGUCCGAUUUUGCCAUUUUGGUCAAUGAUGCACCCUAUCCGUACCCAUCCGGAAACCCGGUUAAUGAAUUUAAUGGUAAGGUGAUGAAGUUUGUUAUAAAAAAAACUCGCGAGAUUGACACAUGGCACGUACCUAGUAAGUUGAUAAACUAUCCGUCACCUAAUUUAUCCAGUGCAUCACAAACACGAUACAUUGCUAUGUACGAGUAUACAAGUGACAAUGGUCAGCCAACUCAUCUUCUCAUCAACGGAAAAUCAUUUGAUCAACCGGCAACUGAAACACCUAAAGCUGGGACCAGCGAGGUGUGGAAUGUGAUUAAUCUGACGGGUGAUAAUCACCCAUUACACAUUCACAUUGGAUUGUUUGCAGUAAUAGAUCAAACAGAGUUGGUUAACUUGACAGUGUUCAAGACAUGCAUGACAAAUUUGAACGAUGCAAUCAAGUGCAACAUAAGUAUGUAUGCACGUGGCAACAAGGUAGUAGUGCCAACACAUGAGCAAGGAUGGAAGAAUGUGUACAAGAUCAUGCCUGGAUAUGUGACAAAGAUAGUAGUGAGAUUUUCUUACAUACACUCAAAUGCACCAUAUCCUUUCGAUGCAACAGCAGAGCCGGGUUACGUGUAUCAUUGCCAUAUAUUGGAUCAUGAAGACAAUACGAUGAUAAGGCCCCUUAAGUUCAUAAAGUAUUAAGGGUAAUAUUGUAAAUCUGUUGGGUGGCUAAACAGUCUAUGUGUCAUGUGUGGCUAUUGUUGUAAUUUGAAAUAUUUUCAUGAAGAAUAUCAGGUUUUUUUGUUG